CUUUUGAUCACAUGAACAUCGAAAGUGAAAAGGUAUUGGCAGCUUUGGACAUUUUUCAGAGAAGUUUAGGGCCAUGGCGGUGGUGGUGUCUCCUCCUGCUUCGCAGCCACCGGAGCUACAUACCACAUUUUCAACGUUGUUCACCACUUCAAAUGAAGAAAAGCCGGAUCAGCAUUAUCCGACCAAUGCGGAGCUUUUGCAGGCCAUUUGCCAGUUUCACGAUUCCAUCUCUGCCCACUUGGAGAAGUUGAGCGAUUGUGCGCAAUCGAUUCAGGGGCCUGCGAACCUCCGCGGGCAACGCAACUCUGAUGCCUCAGUGUGCUCAGUGCGCUCGAACAACUCCGAACCGCCAGUACUACGCUCUGCUUCAAACUCUGCGAAGAAGUGCCAGGAAUUGCUGCUUGCUUUGGCUGAAUAGCAAAAAUGGUGGGGCCAUGAUGAUCGACAAGGAGCCGGACCUGGCUGGCUGGUUCCUUGGCGCUCCUGAGCCUUACCAAAUGAUGACCGACCUUCAGCGCGCCUUCUCCACUGGUCGUCCCUGGCAGGCCAGUUCCAGCGUUGCAAUGCAAGCCUUGCAGAUGGACAUCUCCAAUCUGGUUCCAGUACGGACGGCAAGGCGUCGAGAGUCGUUAGGCUCGUCAGUUACAGAAUCUUGGGCUAUGGGGCGGCUGAAAGAGAAGAAAGACAAGCAGGUGAAACUAAAAGAUCCGGAGGAUAGUCCUUCACCUUCACUACGUGUGCUGCCAGUUCCUGGGGUUCCUGACUUGAAGAAAGCAAGAGACCUGAUUGAAGAUCCAGCAAAAGCACCUGCUGAGACCCCUUUGGAGUGUGCCGAAAAGAAUCUUAGCAUUCCACGCAUCAGCACCGAUGAUGCAAUGCUAGGGAGGGGAAGCAAUGAAAAAACUCUUUGCCUCGACCGGGAGGCGAGCCGGGGUAGUGAGAGAGGGACUGGCUUACCAUUUGCGGUUCAAAGAUCCAGUUCCCAGCCAAGAGCUGGGAGGGAAGAUUCGCAGAGCUCUGGGCGAGAGAGUUUGCAAAGAUCUCGAAGGGCGAGUUUCGAUUUGCAGCGAGCAGUGUCGAAGGCAAAUAUUACUGAGGUCUUCAAAGUAAGAGAGAUGGAACUGACAGCAAACUUGACUCCCAAAGGAGUUAUGCCUCACAAAAGUGAUGAAAUCCUCAUUGAGCGGAGCAAUGAAGACGAUGAUGCCUUCGACACGGUCCAUGAAAGGACACCAUCCUGGUGGUUGAGGCUUAGAUUUCUGGACACCUUUGUUUCAUGUCACUUGUCGAAGGCAUUGGGCUUGGUCUCUUUGUUCAGGGAGGGACCUUGCUUGCUAUGUCGCAACUGGGCCUCGCGGCUGUAUCAUUGGUUGCUGCUCUCCUACCUUCUAUACGGUGUUCUGAACUUGACUUAUCAGUUGAGCAUUUGCCAUGAUCAAGCUAAUGAAUGCUCCGGUGCCUGGCCCCCUUUAGCAGUAGAUUUGUUCCUUCUUUUGGGUGCUUGCAUGGUGUUGAUGAGCUUGGGUGGAUUCUUGAGAUACAAGGAGACCACUACUUUGGUGGCGCAGAGCGCAGAAGAGCUCUCUUCUUAUUGUCAGCAGAACAUGCUGGACGAUGCCUGGAAGAUUUGGAGCUCUUCUGAUGCCCUGUCUGCGCUAUGUGUGUGGUUUAUGCUCUUGUUUGGUCGAUUUGGCCUCUACGUGUAUCGUGGGGGAGGCGAUGCUGAUGCACUCGACCUGAGCGUUCUGUCCUUUGGAUUGACCUAUGCCAUCAGCACCGGUGUCUUGGUAGUCGCCUGCUUCUGGCAGGUUCGGACCUCUCAUGCAAUGCUUUUGAUCGUGAAUAGCUGGAGCGCCUCUUUGUUGCAGGGUGAUGCUUCGUGCAUGGAAUCCAAGGCAAGUUGGCGCCGGGUGAGUGGGCUCUUCCGCAAGACCUCUCGGACUUUUGAGCGGUGCUUUGCAGCACUCGGCUUCAUCAUCGUGAUGUUGGUCCUCGCUGCCCUCUAUGACCUCAUCCAAGGAAGAGGACAAGAAUUGCUAGCCUCGGUCUCGUUGGCCUUAGUCAUACCAGGCGUGUUGUGGACGCAUGCUUCCACCACGACGGCAUGCAAUCGAUUGCCUUCUUUGGUGACCCUCAUUGAAGCAGACGAUGAGGAAGAGGACAGGGAAUACAUGGGCUUGGCGCUGUAUUUGUCCUUGAGUGAGUGUGGCUUUUUUGUUUGGGAUACAUGCGUGACACUGAGCUUGGUGCAGAAGUUCCUCUACUUCACGGCAGCGAUUGCUGGAACCAUCGGGUUCCAAACGGGAGCAUUGAAUUUCCAAAGCAGAGGCAUACCAAUCGAUUGAUAGAAUUUACACGGCUAUACGGUUACGUAUGUGACCUCUUCUGAGGCGCCCACCUGAACUUGGACCCAAGAGCUCCAACUUUAACCGCGCGAAUGGACCUGAAGCAGGAAAGAUCUGAAUUUGGUCCACUCGUUGCACACUGUUGGAGAGUUUCAAACGCAGGUGGAGCAAAUGUUCUCCGCUUUUGACUUCUCAUUUUACUUGUGUCAGGUGUUUUUCUCGGUGUCUCAAAUGAGAUCACCUUUCCUGACGCACGUUUUUCCAUUGUGAAAUUGUCAUCCUCCUGGCCCAACUCACGUGACACUAAAAC